CAGCGUGGACUUGGAGAUGUCUUGGCAGGAUUACGCACAACGACACGAUCAACGAGCAAGCCUCCUUUAGCCGAGCAGGACACUUUCGAGCUGUGUUGAACACACUUUCCACUUCUGAUUUGGAAAACACAUCUUUCACAGUUUCUUCAAGACGUUUUUAUUAUCUUUUCUGUCGGCGGGUGAGACUCGGAUCUUCCCCUCUUCCUCGCAGCAGCAGCAACAGCAGCAGCGAAUCUGGAUGACUUCUCCUCUUACACUCGGGUCACGGUGACUACUGAAGAAUGGAAACGAUGUAAACAGCUGGUGGGAGAAAACAAACUCCACAGACCAACAGUUUUUCAGAGAUCACAAAUAAAGAGGAUGAUCCCGCCGGCCAACAUGAUUCAGGACGAAAGUGGGGGCAAAGAGGACGAACGGGAGCAGAAUGAGACACCAAAAUCCCCGACGGCGAACGCCAGCCAGCAGGAAACCAAGAAUACUGUGAGGCCUGAACAUCACAAGCUCAAGUUUUCCUCAACUCCUUUUCUCUCUUUUCAGCUGCAGAAACUCAAACGCUCCUUGUCCUUCAAGACCAAGAGCAUCCGCAGCAAGAGCGCCGACAACUUCUUCCGAACCAGCAGUGACAACAAGACGGAGCUGCUCUCUGACGUGAGCAGCAGCACGGGCCAUCUCUGCAACAUCGGGAUGGCCCCGCCGCACACCACCAACCUCCCCAUCCCUCCGGUCCCUCCGGCCAUCCCCUGCGCUCCUCCGCCCACAUCGCGCUCCCAGUCACGCAACCCGCUGCAGGUAGACUCUGCGGGACACUGCUUCAUGGAGCACAUCUUCAAGAAGCCCACGUUCUGUGACGUCUGCAACCACAUGAUCGUAGGUACCACAGCCAAACAUGUGGUGUUCCUGGCGGGAAAUACAGCAAAGCACGGCCUGCGCUGCAAAGCCUGCAAGAUGAGCCUCCACCACAAAUGUGAGAAUGGAGUGGGACAGCAGCGCUGCAUGGGCAAACUGCCAAAAGGCUUUCGGCGGUACUACAGCUCCCCAUUACUGAUCCAAGAACAGUAUGGCUGUAUCAAAGAAGUUAUGCCCAUCGCCUGUGGCAAUAAGGUGGACCCUGUGUACGAGGCUUUGAGGUUUGGGACGUCUCUUGCACAAAAGGCCAAGAGAGCCAGCGGCUCUGAGUCUCCACACAGAAACUCGACCAGUGACUUGGAUAAGGUUCCUGAGGAAGUGGUGGCUCACAGCAGUAGGCAGGAGCUGUCAAGAAAACACAGUGAUGAUGUGUUCACAGUCAUUGAGAACGGGACGGAGCAUUACCAUGAGCCAGAGAGAAAACCUGACAAUUUGCAGUUGGAGCAGAGCCAGCUACCAAAAGACAUCCUCAAGCUCAACACCUAUGUGGCCUUGUACAGUUUCACUCCCCAAGAGAGCCACGACCUGGAGAUGAGAGCAGGAGACAGGAUCUUUUUGGCAGAUGACUCUAAUGAUGACUGGUGGAAGGGAGUAAUUGAGGACAGGAUCGGUUUCUUCCCAGCAGCCUUUGCUCAUCAGGUGCGAGGCGGGGACCAAGUGUUCAGGUGUAACAGGACGUUCAUCGGCUGUAAGGAACAAGGCCAGAUCACCCUGAAGGAGGGACAGAUCUGUGUGAGCAGCGAGGGUGAGCGCAGCGGCUUCAUCAGAGUGGCGAGUGGAAAGAAGAGAGGCUUUGUGCCCUGCGACGUCCUGGAAAUCAUCUGAGAGAACACUCAGAGAAACAAAGAGAGCAAGAGAGAGAGAGAGAGGGAGGGUAGGAUCAGCCGCCUGGAGGUCAGAGGAGGAGGAAACUGAACCUACGACACCAGUGAGGGGGUUUACCCUCGGGAAGAAACUGGAGUUUGAACUUAAAAAGUGAUGCUGGUUUUGUCACUGAGGACUCCACUUUGUUGCAGGUCAGAGUCUCUGUACCUUCCUCACUCCCUCUCAGAACAAAGACAGAGAGAGAAAGAAACGCUGAGAUAACAGUUUGUGGUUUGCACGAAGACAGGACAUCACUGUAUCACUGGAUUUGAUUUCAUUUGUGUGUGUUUUCCCCCUUUGUUUUAUUCUGCUACAAGCUGUUUAUUUUCUUGAAGUGGUCUGGCUGUUCAAGCCUGAGAAAAGGAAAGAAACACUUACUACAAUUAUUAUUUUCCAAGGUUUCAGUACAUACAGUUGCAUUCCUCCUAGAAAUACUUCAGUUUCUCAUGCUUUUAGAUUAUGUUCCAAGCAAAACAUUAGCUUUUAAUACACAGUAGUCAACACUAGGCUCUGACAAAACUUGAUGCAAAAACAAUGUAAUAGAGAGAAAAUAGGAUCUCUAAUUUUCUUUAAAGUCUUACAUCCCCCUCUAGCAUACAGUUACAGUCCUGAAAAAAAAGGUUUCUCCUCUAACAGGUGAGAAGUAGCUAAGCACAUUAAGUGCAACAAAGAGAUGUGGGGGAGUAUUUUCAGAGGAGUUUGACACAAUCAGAGACUCCAGUAAUUCUCUCUGGUCUUCCUCAACCCACAAAAAUGAUUGUAAUCUACAUUUUUAUCAUCAUAAGAAUCAAACUAUAAAAAUCGUUUUCAGUCAACACAAAACGUGUUAUUUACCAAAUUAAACAGUUUGCAUUUUCUCCAAGCCGCACGUCACGUAUCUAGUCAGGCUUGUCUUAAAGAGAUUUUUUUUUGUCCAUUGAUUUAAUAAUUGAUUUACUCUUCUCUCUUUUUUGUUGUUUUCAUCAAUGAUUUCUGCUGUUUUUUUUUUUUUUUUUAAUGAUUUGAUGAUCAAAGCUUUUGUGAUCUGAUGGGAAUGACUUGUGAAAGCCUGUAAGACACCAAAACAUGAUGCAUUUCCAGUUAGCGUGUUAACUUUAAAUGUGAUCACUCUCUUGUGGUAUGCAUUUCUGGCAAGGUGUUGCAUCAUAGUAGAUAUAGUAUAUCUCUUAAAGGUUGUUCUGCACUGAAACCUGCCUUUAUUGAAUGUCCAAGACUGCUAUAUUGUACAUAAUGUACGUACGAGAUUAAAAUUCCUUCUUUAUCACAAUAACUGAACAUAUAUUAGAUGAUUUUUGUGUUGUCUUAUGUUCCUACUCUUCAGCAUUUUCCCCCUGAAAGAACCUGUAACAGCCGUUCAAUUAGCCAUCGAUAAUAAGAUCAUCAUUUGCUCAAGUGAGCCCCCAAAAAUACUGCAUCAUACAGUUUCGGGGUGAGACUUGAUUAUUUUACGUGUAAAAUCUUAUCUUAACACCAAGUAAGUGUUAAAGACCAAAGUUACCCACAAUGCAACUCGACCACUGACUGUUCUGUUGGAAACUCAGGUGUGCUAUGCUAUUAGCAGCUUAUGCUGUCUCUUUGUCCUGCAUAGUGUUAUCGGAUCCAAACAUGGUAAUUUCCUUUGUAUUGUCUGCA